AUGCACCGCAUGCGAACUGUGGGGUGCGGCGCCCUUUGCACUGCGGCGUUUCAGCCGUCAUUGUCGUUGUCGUCGCCCACGCAAGGACCGAGGCGCCAGGUGGCGUUCAAGUCCCCGCCCAAGAAGCCGGACAAGCUGCGUAACUUCUUUAGGCUGGCAGACAUGUACAAGCCGGGCAAGUACACAUCAAAGGACCUGCCGAAGGGGCCGACGGCGUCGAAUCAGCCGUGGGAUCCUGUUUAUGCUCACUAUGCCUUUCAGAAGGCCACUGGGCCGCUGGAGCGCAAGCGUAACACGACUCCAGAUGACCACCUCACCGUUGACGAAGUAGAGAAGUGGAUGGACGCCACCGCCGCCGCGAAGGUGCUGGGCAUUAAGGAGUCCGAGUUACCGACACUGACCUCUACGCAGCUUGAGGAGCGGUGGGCGAAGGUUUACGGCGAGCGCACGAAUGCACUACAGCAAGAGACAGUUAUCGCAGCGGAGGUGCUUCUAGAGUACAUUGACUCCUCACUGCAUCGUAAGAAAUCCCGGCAGUAUUACCGACAAUACGUCGACAAUGCCAGACACGCGAUUGACCACGAAACUGAGCUACGACGUCAUGAUCACCGACAGAAGUUUAUUUUUAUGUUUGGUGUGGCAAUGGUCACCGGGUGCGCUGUGGUGCUGUGUGUUGCCUUCUUCCGCAAGAUUAUUACCCGCAGGGAUGUGGAGAACAUUGGCGCUAAUGCGGUGGCGUACCUCAAUGUGGCCUUCACCCAGGCGACCAACCCUGAGCCGGCCCCCGAUUAUUCUACCCGUUAUUGCAACACCCCCAGUGCAAUGGAGAUCGAUCAGAAGAAAGGCAGCUUCGGCCACACAGAUCCUGUGCAAGUCCAACUGAACUCAGAGGUUGAGGAGUACCGUCGUCUAGAGGAGGCCGAGAUGCUGCGGAUGCUCAACGACGAGAACGAACGUGCGCAGAAGGAGGCAAAGAUGCGGGAGGUGCGUGGCAGCCGGGUGCGUGUGUACCGUUCCGAGGACUUUGAUGAGGGCGGUGAGUUGAAGGAGCCCGCGCUGCCCAAAGAAGACAUGGACCCCGCAACUGCCUUCUCACAAAUGACAUUUCGGCAGUUUGCUGCCAUGAUGGCGUCACAGUUUGGUGGUGGUUCUCGUUUUCAGCGCAUCACGCAGGACAGUGUGCGGCGCAUGGAAGAGCUGGACAAGAUGCGGAAGCGUAUGAAAGAGACAAAUGUGUAG